AUGAUUUCGCUUAUUUCUGUAAUUAUUUUGCUCCAAAUAAAUUUGAUCGAGAAUACUUCUAAAAGAUCAACUGGUCUAGAUUGUACCAGACGUAAUGCUAACGGAUUAUACGGACGUGGUUGUUCAUCAAAAUUUCUGAGAUGCCAUGAUGGCAAGCUUUAUGUUUAUAGAUGUAGCAAAAAUCGUAAAUUCAAUGUUGAAACGGCUAAAUGUGAAGAACCAGAACAAGUUAUUGCAUGCAUUAAUAAUAUGGAUAAUGAUCGAGCAAUUGUAAAAGCAGUUGAUCCAUUUGAUUGCUCCAAGCGAAACGAUGGCGUUUAUGGCACUGGUAAAUGCUCAACCACUUACUACCAUUGUUCACGUGGUCACUCUGCUGAAAUGCUCUGUCCAGCUGGCUUAUACUACAAUGAUAAGCUAAAAGGAUGUGACGAAGUGGACAGUAUUGACGAAUGUAAUGUAUUAACUGCAUUACAGGGAUAUAAUGAACGUCGAGAAGGUCACCUGGGUGAAAGAGGGAAAUAUAUUGAACGAAAUUUGAUGUCAAUUAGAGAUGGGCAAUAUCCUGAUAUAAAUGAACGAUACAUUGAUAGUGCAAGGAAAUUAUCACUUGGUAGAGAAAAGAUGAGCAAAGAUAACAGUAGUAAUGACAAAAAGCGACCUGCUCGACAAACUUUAAAUCAAACAAGCAUAUGGAAAUCUAAAAGAGAAUUGAAUUGUACCCAAAUGAGAAAUGGAAAUUAUCCAAUGAUCAAUGGACAAUGUUCAAAAUAUUUUUGGCAUUGCUCAAAUGGUCAAAGUAUUGGACGAAUUUGUCACGAUGAAUUAUUUUUUAAUAAAGCUACUCAAAAAUGUGAUACACUAAACAAUAUUGAGGAUUGCAUUAAUAACAAACAAUUGAUUGAAAAUAAUGCUGUUGAAUUAAAUUGCAUUCAAUGGAAUGAAAACAUUAUGGAACAUUCGGCAUGUUCAAAUUUGUAUUAUAAUUGUACAGCUGGCAAGCUUCUUGAACUUCAAUGUCCACAGGGUCAAGUAUAUGACGCAAAACAGAAACAAUGUGAUGCUAUAGAAUUUGUACCGGAAUGCAUAAAUUCGGAAAAUCCUUCUCAAACAACUACAAAUGAUCCUAUUCAAAUAUCAAAAAUAGUUCCAGCACCGGAAUUAAAUGAAUUCUGUAAUGCAAGUGGUGAUGGAUUAUAUUCAGUUGGUUGUGAAAAUUAUUUCUAUUUUUGUGCAUCAAAUAAUGGAUAUCAUGUAAAAUGUCCAGAAGGAUUGUUUUUUGAUAGUGAAACACGAAUUUGCAAUUAUAAAAAAUAUGUUCACUCAUGUAACUUAGAUCACGAUGAUUCAAACAUUACACCUAGUAAACAAAUUUAUGAUUAUAAUAUUAUUACUACCACACGGUCAAUGUAUCAAAUUGAUAAAAGUACCAAGAAAAUAGAGAUCGAUGAAACUCAAACAAAAGAAGUGAGUAAAACCAAACAUAUGCCGGAAGCAAGUUUACCUGCAUCUAUUAGUACACCAAUAUCUCAAACUAAAAUUCUUCCCAUUCUAUCAAGAGAUUUCGAUUGUCGCUCGAAAGCGGAUGGCUUUUAUUCAAUUGGUUGUAAAACUGAAUUCGUUGCUUGCGCUAAUCAUCGGAUUUUUUUUUUUGAAUGUCCAUAUAAUUUAAUAUUUAAUGGGGAAGCACAAACCUGUGAUUAUGCAGAAAACAUUAAAGAUUGUUCAAAAAUGAUAGAUAAUGAAGAGAAAGAAACAACAUGUCCUGAGAUAGAACGAGAAUCUUCUUCAGAAAAAAAAGAAAUAAAAGGCAUAGAUGGAACAAUAAUUCGUGAUAAAGCUUUUUGCAAAAAAUUAAAGGAUGGUGUUUAUUUCAAUGAUUGUGGAAAUGAAUAUAUCGUAUGUAGUCGACAUGUUACAUUUGUUUAUAAUUGCCCAGAAGGACAGAUUGUUAACCCAACAAGCAAAAUCUGUGAUAAAGCGAAAAAUAUACCCGAAUGUGUGAGCGCAAAUGAUCGAAUUUAA